AUGGUGGAGGAUUUUCACCGAGUAUACCGGGAUGCGGUGUUGCGCUGGACGGAGCUGGGGUGUGCAGAGGAUGUUGCUUCCGAACGAGGAAAGUAUGAAGUUGAUGUGUAUGUGAGAGGGGUCUAUCAGCGAACACUGGGAAUAUUGAGAGAUGGCGCUGAGCCGGGCACCCGUUUGGUGUCUGUAUCUGGACCAUCGAACAAUCAACCUUCUGUUCACCGGACCUCAGACAGCCCUCUGCAACAGGGCGCCGGAGCAGUGGCCUCAACGGUAUAUUCCGCUCUUGGUCUGAGCAGCGGCUUCUCAUCCAUCCCUCUACCAAAAGUAUCCGGAUCUACAGCAGCUCUCUCAUUCAAGCUCCCCAACAGCGACGUCCAUCGCUACAUCACAGCCUUCCUCAUCGACAACGUCAUCCAAAGAUUCAACACCGGCAACUACAUACCCAUCGGCUUUCUACCACCCUUCACGAUGACUGGCACUCCCGUCAACUCACUCGAGGAGGCCUUGGACCCGAAAUUGGGGUGGUUCUGGAGUAAAGAAGAUGUGCUUCGGGUGACGGAGGUGGUAGCGCGGGAAGCGUUCGGGACGAAGAAUCUGGAUGGGCUCGACGUUGUUGGAUCGCCCCAUGAUGAAACGGCAGUUGGGAGAGCGAGAAGUCUUCAUCCUCGGAAUCGGGUGGAACUCGGGUCGCGUGCGGUGAAUUGUUGGAUGGAUGAGCUGCUUGGGAUGUACAGGGAGAAAAGCGUGGAAAAGAUAGGGACGAUGGACGAUUGGAAUGAGAGGGAGAGAAAUAUGGUGGAGGCGAGGAGAAAGAUCGUGGAUAGUGUGAGUAGGGAGCUGGUUUUGAAUCGGAAAGUGGAUUAG